CACUAAAUGAAGUUGACCCUUUUUCAUUUUCUUCAACUCCCUCCAUAGUAUUCAAAUUCUCCCUCCAAAAAUUGGAACAAAACCCUAGCUCGAUCCCAAUCCGAUUUUAUGCUCAGGCAACAUCAAAAUCUACACACAAAAUUCAGCUGAAAGACAAUGGCGAAAUCGAAUCAUCAGGAUGACCUCGACCUUCUCCUCUCUCUCGAGGAUCGCGUUCUCGAAACCCCACCAGCUUCUCCUUCAGGUUAUUUAUCGGAUGAUGGGAGGAGAAAGGAGACAGGGAACGUGGACAUGUCUGUUUUUCGAGAGGUGGUGGGGGACUGUCUUGAUUAUGAUGCCAAAAAUGUUGAGAAGUCUCGUAAGCCCGGGCAGGGAAAGAGUUGUAAUGACAUUGAGGUUGAUAAGUUUUCAGGGCUGCGGAUUAAGGGUCCAUUGGUAUCACGGGUUGAAUUGAGCAACCAUUUAUCGGACAUUAGAUUUGUGCAGUUACCAACAAUAAAGAAUUUGCUAGCAGGAGAUACUCUCUCUGGGUGCUGGGCCACUACUGGGGUUCUCAUGGAAAUAGGAACUACAAAAACUAGUUCCAUAGGGCAGACAUUUACAAGAUGGAGAAUUGGAUGCUUGGAUGAUAAUAUUAUUACCCUUUUUUUGUUUGGUGAUGCUUACAAAAAGAGAUGCGAUGAAAAGAUAGGGGGCGUCUUUGCACUGUUUAAUUGCAGUGUCCGCAAGGACAGCAUUGGGAAUGGAUUUACUUUGAGUGUAUAUGCAGCCAAACACAUUCUGAAGCUGGGUACAUCAGCGGAUUUUGGGUUUUGUCAGGGAAAAGGGAAAGAUGGAGUGGCUUGCACAAGAGUCAUCAACAAACGUCAAAGGAAGUAUUGCAACUACCAUAAGGUUCUGCUCGUGUGCAUCCGUCAAACUUAAAUUUGUAUUUUCCAAUUUAGCCCACUUAAUAACAUCAUCUCAUUGAUUUUACAUUUUUUCUUUUUUGUGUGUGUGUAUGUAUGGGUGGAAAGAAUUCAUCCACGAGAUAUACUUCUACGAGGGCAGAGCUCAAAGGCGGGAAUGUAAGCACAGGCUUCAAAAAUUAUCUCAAGCCAGAAGGAAUAUAUGUUGUUAAACCCACAGAUGACAGGAAGAACUUAGCAAAGUCCACUCGGCCCGUGAAAUUAUUGUCUGUUGAAGGAUUAAAGAAGGCAUUAAGCAAAGCAGACAAAGUCACAACAAAUGUACAUUCUCAGGGAAUACGGUUUCUAAAUCACAUUGCAGGGAAAAUGGAUCCUCAAAUGACAAAUAGAAAAGCUAAUCUCCCACACAAGCCAAUGGGUAGAACUGAUACCAGGUCCAGGCCAACUGAAGAACCAGUUGCCAAGAAAAUGAAAAUGGAUCAGAAAAAGGCCCCAACACAAGAUAACAAAGAAAAUAGCACAAAUAUGAUUGAGUUGGAUUUUGUUAGUUCAGAUGAUGAGUUUUGAGGUCUCACAUUUUGAAGUGUUGCGGAACUGCUGAAGAUUUUUGUAAAUUAGCUGAAAUUUUUUAUUCCCUUUUUGCGUGUUGCUUGACCAUAAACAAUUGCAAAUGAUAUGUUUGUAUUUUAGGAUCUUAAAGUAAUGCUCUUCUUUUGUAGUUUACAAGUAAGAAAUUUAAUGUCAUCUAGCAUGUAACUCUUUCAAUUCCCCUUUUGGUAUCUUAACUUUUCUUUGGG